AUGAAGUUCACAACCAUCCUUUUCCCCCUUUCCCUCCUCGGCCUCAGCCAAGCAGCUGCCAUCCAGAUGAGCUUGCUCGGUGUAUAUUACAACAAUUAUAACUGUGACGAUGGGGUCAUAAUUGAUAUCUUGACGAGGGCGGAUCCGGAGGGUUGUUUGCAGCCUCAGCUUGAAGUCACUGGCGUGGCGAGCUUCAGAGGGCAGUGCGGUUAA